CAAAAGUUACCAGAGCCGCAACGAGUGUGUCUUUAAGUGCGUGUGUGGAGUUCUCCUGCACCGGGUGGCUGAAAGGAGGGGUUGGAGUGAGUGACGCUGGCUGCGCCUUUAUGCUGAGCGGAGCGCUCACCUGCAGACGAGAAGAGCCGGGGAAAACUCGGGACAGAGCGGCAGCACACACUGGGUGGGACAUAGCGAGCAGUCUUACCAAAGUGGAAGAGGAAAUUAAACGAUCACCGUGGAACAGACACAGAGCGACCCUCUUUUUCUCUGGUUCCUUGUCCAGGCAGCUGCGACUCGCUUGUACUCGCCACAAUGAGGACUGACUUCGCAUUGGUCCUGACGGCAGCUCUUCUUUUCGACACGUUUUGGCGGAAUAAUGGGGAGCACGCCUCCCAAGGUCCCUGCCGACCGGGCUUCUCAAAAAGCUUCUACUCCAUGCAGAUAUCGAGGGAUGUACUGCAAGGCCAGCGCGAAGUUAAAGGUACCACAGUAUCAUCACAAAAAGUGAAGUUUGACGACUGCAUGGGGAAUGAGGCCGUGGUUUUCCAGAGUACUGACCCCGUCUUCAGCGUGCGGACAGAUGGAUCCAUCUUUGCCAUGGGAAAUGGAGCCAACCUAGAUGAGCCGGUUCAGUUUACAGUGACGGCACAUGGCCGUCACACAAAUGUCUGGGAGACUGUGGUUCAACUGACACUGAUUGGCCUGUCAUCAUCGGGGCAAAAUGAAAAUGAGGUCACAGAGGAAGAAGGGAACAUCAGUGAGCAAAACCAGAAGAAGUUCCAGGCACCACUUCCUGUCAUAAUGUUCCCAGGGUCCCCAAUCAACAGCAUCAGGGGUCUCCGAAGGCAGAAGAGAGACUGGGUGAUCCCACCAAUCAAUGUGGCAGAAAAUUCUCGUGGACCAUUCCCGCAGAUGCUCGUCAGUAUUCGUUCAGACCAGGACCAGGACAUUUCAAUCCGAUACAGCAUCACUGGAGUGGGAGCAGAUCAACCACCCAACGAGGUGUUCAGCAUUGACCCUGUUCUUGGAAAGAUGUUUGUCACCAAACCUCUGGAUCGAGAACAUCGAUCUUCUUACCAUUUGCGAGCCCAUGCUGUGGAUAUGAAUGGGAACCAGGUCGAAAACCCUAUUGAUCUGUACAUCUUUGUAAUCGACAUGAACGACAACAGACCUGAGUUCAAAAACCAGGUCUACAAUGGUUCUGUGGAUGAAGGUUCUAAACCAGGAACGUACGUGAUGCAUCUGUCUGCAUUUGAUGCCGACGACAACACCACAGCUAAUGGAAUGGUGCGCUAUCGGAUCCUUUCCCAGAUGCCGCACAGUCCAAUACCUAACAUGUUCACCAUCAACAGUGAGACAGGGGACAUUAUGACAGUAGCGCCUGGACUCGACAGAGAGAAAGUGUCCCAGUAUACCAUCAUUGUGCAAGCCACGGACAUGGAGGGAAACCUUAACUUUGGCCUUUCUAACACAGCCACUGCCAUCAUCACUGUCACGGACAUCAACGACAACCCUCCCAUGCUGACCUCCAGGACUUUUUCUGGUGAGGUCCCAGAGAACACAGUGGAUGUUGCAGUGGCUAAUCUGACUGUUAUAGAUGCCGACCAGCCCCACUCACCUAACUGGAAUGCAGCUUACAGGAUCAUCAGUGGGGACCCAACUGGGCACUUCACCAUCCGCACCGAUCCCAUUACCAACGACGGCAUGGUCACUGUGGUGAAGCCAGUUGAUUUUGAGAUGAACCGGGCCUUCAUGCUGACAGUGGUGGUGUCUAACCAGGCCCACCUUGCCAACGGCAUCCAGUCUUCACUCCAGUCAACUGCUGGAGUCACCAUAUCUGUGAAGGACGUCAAUGAGCCCCCUUAUUUCCCCACCAACCCGAAACAGAUUCGAUUCGAGGAAGGUGUUCCCACCGGCACCAGCCUGACGACUUUCUCGGCUUCAGAUCCUGACAGACUCCAGAUGCAACAGAUAAUCAGGUAUUCAAAGAUGAACGACCCCGCAAACUGGCUGUCUAUCAACAGAACCAGCGGUCAGAUCAUAACAACAGGAAUGCUUGACCGGGAGUCUGUCUAUGUAAAAAACAACAUAUACGAGGCUACGUUUCUGGCUACAGACAAUGGCUUUCCUGCAGCUAGCGGCACAGGCACACUGCAGAUCUAUUUGAUAGAUAUUAAUGACAACCCCCCAGCGCUCGUACCAAGGGAGUCUCAGAUCUGCGAAAGGAUGAACAAGAACGUCAAUGGUGUGAACAUCACUGCCGCCGAUGCUGACACGGAUCCCAAUGCUGGACCCUUUGUCUUCGAGCUGCCCAACUUCCCCAGCAGCAUCCGACGCAACUGGACCAUUGCACGGAUCAGUGGUGAUUAUGCCCGUCUGGCUCUUCGGUACCAGGUUUACUUAGAACCAGGAAUGUACGAGGUCCCUGUCAUUGUGUCAGACUCGGGCAACCCUCCGUUGUCCAACAGGUCCGUCAUCAAAGUCAAGGUGUGUCCAUGCGAUGAAAAUGGAGACUGCACCACACUUGGUGCCAUCGCGGCUGCUGGUUUGGGAACUGGUGCCAUCAUCUCCAUCCUAAUCUGCAUCAUCAUACUGCUCUGCAUGGUUCUGUUGUUUGUGGUGUGGAUCAAGCGCAGGGAGAAGGAGAGGCAGACAAAGCAGUUGCUGAUUGACCCUGAAGAUGACGUCCGAGACAACAUACUCAAAUACGACGAGGAGGGGGGAGGAGAAGAGGACCAAGACUACGACUUGAGCCAGCUGCAGCAGCCCGACUCUUUAGAGCACAUCAUCAGCAAGCCGCCUGGCGUACGCAGAGUUGAUGAGAGGCCCAUAAUCCCAGAGUCCCAGUACCCCAUCAGACCAGUUGUGCCCCAUCCUGGAGACAUUGGGGACUUCAUCCAUGAGGGUCUGCGGGCUGCAGACAAUGACCCCACAGCCCCACCGUAUGAUUCCCUGCUUGUUUUUGACUAUGAGGGCAAUGGCUCCACCACUGGUUCAGUCAGCUCGCUCAACUCUACCAGCACAGGAGACCAGGACUAUGACUACCUCAACGACUGGGGACCCCGCUUCAAGAAGUUGGCUGACAUGUACGGGGGUGGGGAUGAAGACUAAAAAUCCAACCCCGUCUCUCACACACACACACACAUGCACCCUUGACCCGUCAGCUGGCCUGCCAAGCUCUGUCUCUAAAACACAAUGGGGCUAUUAAACCCUUCUUCAACACGUUAAAAAUGACAUGAUCACAGGACCAAUCAACCAAUCUAAUAACCCACCACAGAGGGCGUGUGUCACUUCCAGGUGAUCUUCUCAACCGGCUCCUGCUCUAAGCCUGUCUAAGACAGUAAUGGAAGCUCUGAUUUGCAGGCUUGGUGUCGUAUCUACUCUCAAACUCUUUGGUUACUUUGAUUACUUUAUUUUAGGUCUGGUUUUAUUUCAGUUUCUGUUGCCUUUUCUUGUCCUCAGUCUUGUUUGAUUCAGACGAUUCCUUUUUCCUGAGGGAUUUCACUUUUCCCUCGCUGUCAGCCCACCUGCCUGCCUCUUUGAAGGAGCUUUAGGUUGAGCUACAUGCUUUGUCUGAGGCAAACAAAAGUGAGAAAAAAAGGUAACACAGAUAUGAAAGUCCUCUUUACAUGGAGGGCCCUCAUUCAUUCUUUCCUGAACUUGAAUUACUUAGAACAGAAGCACUGUUGUUUAAAAAAGUGCCUUCAGUGGUGCGUUUCUUUUACAGACUCCUGCAAUCUCAGGAUUGGUUGCCAUUCUCUGGACCUACAGGCCCCGACAUGACCCCAGACCCUUUAAUUCAGACCUACCUUGUUAUUCCUCCCGUCCGGCAGGGCCGCAGUAUCGGUGGGAGAUGUCAGUGCUGGUUUGAGAGGAGCAGCGACUGGCUUUAGAGGGCCAUUCAUUCAGACAUACUGUACAUAGGCCUACAGUGUGUCUCUAGGUAAUGGACAAAUCAUUAGGUAUUUUGAGUCAGACGUACCUGUGCUCCUAAAUCACAGUUAGCUAGAAUGUGAUUGCUGAAAUCACAGAAACAUACGAAGAGACUGUCUUAGAAAAUAAAUGCAUUGUCUUUGUUUCUUGUAGCAACAGCAGCUGUGUUUGUUUUGAGCUCUCUGUGUGUAAGAGAUUGGGCUUGUUACUAAAUCUGAAGGUUGCCAAGUCAAAUGUGUUAUGUCUGCAAUGUUACUGGGUAUGAAGAACUUAUGAAGAUUACCUUUAAGAUCAUCUAACAUUUGCAUAUUUAAUCUUCUGGUCAAAUUUGCAAUUUGUGUGGAAAACAUGUUGUGGAAGUAUAACAGCGAAAGUUACAAAUAUAACUCAAGGACCAACACAGAAGUGCGAAUUUGUCCUUUCUGUAUUCUGAGUUUUUACUUUAGUUAGCUCAAUUUUAUUAUCCUAUAAACGUUUGACUUAAAAUUUAGAUUCUGGACUCAGAAGUUAGAGAUGCACAGAUUAAUUGUUUGAUUUUUAGCUUGUGCUCCUGACUGGUAAGGUCGGGACAAAAAUCAGCAAGACUCUUAAAUGUGGAAGUUGUUAAUGGGGAAAGAAGACUGAAAGUUAGCUCUUUGAGUACCAAUGAGAAUUUUAAAAAUGAAGUCAAUGAAAGCGAAAUAUGUGUAAGAAGCUAUUUAAAAGGUAGGGUUUGUUCUACAGAGACAUAUCGGCUGUUCUUUCUGGCUGCAUGUUGCUUCCCCGUCAUUUAGGAUUUUUACAGUUUUGUUUUUUACAUACACAACUUGUCUGGGUUCAAAAAUUAGCAGUUUGCCACAGGUAGUCAUUUUAUCACACCCUUGGGGAUUUAUGUCAAACUGGCUAAGCGACGAAUUCAUAUCAAAUCUGACUUCAGCAGACAACAGGAAGGCUAAAAAGCAUACAUUGAAGUAACUCAAUUUCAUCCUAUUCAACGUUUAACCAUUUUGACUGUAGAUCAUGCUGGAUUUGGAAAUGUUGGCAUACUUUUGUAAAUUUAUUAAAUUUAAACUAAGCUUACGCGUUAUUCAGGGACUACACUUGAAGCCUACUGUUCACAGUUAUUGUUGAUAACUGCUUUAAUUGCAAACAAAUGAGUUGCUAAAGGACUUGUAAAAUGUCAGCUCCCUUAUCAAUUUUUCUUUGUUGCAAAACCCGCUCUGACACACAGGGCGACGUCUCUUCUGCUUCUAAUAUAUGUGGUUAUUUUCAAAUCAUGGCAGGAAGGCUGGAAAAAAAUACACUGUUAUUGACAUCUCUUACAGAGGAAAAGACUAAAGUCUGUAUUGGCAGGUCAAGACAAGAUUGGUGCAUCUCUAACAGUAACUGUGGGGAAAUAAGCCAGGGCCAGGAACCAGCUCUCUUUAAGCGGUGUUACCUUUAUUAGAAAUGUUUGUCUGGAAAAUCCUGACAUUAAGUUUAAGAGAUUUUAAGAAAGGUAGAUACGUGUGACGUUUGUGUACUUUGGUAAUGAGGCACUUCUUAAUGUAUUUGCUGCAGGCCUGUGAGCAUUGUAAACUUAUUUUGUAGCACAUCAGGAACUGCUGGAGAUGUAGUUUGCUUAUUACAUUGUUUGAAUAUUCAAAAUAUUUCACAAAGGUACAGGGAGAUGCUGAUCAAUAACAUAAGUAAUUCAGAUGCUGGUAGGUUUGUACUGGUUUUUACUGAUAACUCACAUGAAGAGCUAAAAAGGGCAGCAAAUGUAAAGGAAUAAUCCGUUUUUUUAAUGUUUCGCUUAACCUGUUCAGGUUUUAUUCAACAAGAUUUAGAUGUUUUAACAAAAUAAGACAAGUAGGUCGGCAUGAGCUGGUUUGAGAUUUUCACAAUAUAAUGUCCUUGAGGAAACGUAAAUAACAAGUUUUUACUGUAUCAUGGUAUUUACACAAAAAUUUAAAACCAAACUGUAUUCAAUUAUUUAAUUGCUUUUAUGAGAAAAAACUAGGUUACUAAUAUUCCUGCUUCUGCCAAAAUAAUAUAUUCAUUUAGUUGUAUUGAUGUUUUUACUUAUUUCCUUGAUUAUUAAUUCAUUCAUUUGUUCUUCUAUGUUAGGUGUCCUUGGGUUUUAGAAAGGUGCCAUUAAAUAAAAUUUAUUAUUAUCUAUACCAUACUUUAUUUUGAUGCAUAAAUUUAAGCAAAACAUUUCAAUAAACACAGCAUGAUUUUACUAGCAGUUUUAGCCAAUAGGCUUGUUGCACACAAUAUUAGCCCUUUUUGCUAUUUUUCAUAGAUGAACAGAAGUGUAAUAAUAUAUUAGCUGCUUAAAUAAUUGGACCAUCUGCUCGGUUAAAAUCUGAAGCUGGCUUCCUAACUUCACAUCCUGCUCAUAGCUUGUCAAUAAGGGGAAAGUGUAGUAGCCUCCAUUCAGCCAGCAAACAGCCAUGCGCAGCAACAGGUGGGGGAGGGAUAUUACUUUGGUCACUUCUGGAAUUCCUCUCCAAUCUCCUUUAAAGGACUUUGUAAAAACAGCAUGACAGAUAGUUUUAGCAGCUUUGAAACCUUGGCACACCUUGAUACCGGUAACCAGCAUGUGGCUACAAGUAUGUAGAAUGAUUAAAAAUGGACUGUUGAGAAAAAAAAUUAAUAUUUGCCUGUAGAUGUAUAUUGAAGGUGGAGAGCUUGAUUUGACUAUAAAAAACUAAAAGAACAACCAAUCCAGUGUAAAUAAAAAGGUCAACAGGGUCACUUUGGUUCAAUUCACAGGCUGAUAAGUAUAAAUUGCUGCUUAUAGAAUCCAGAAACAGUGAUCAUUAGGAUAGCCACCAGCUCAGAUAUGAGAACAGAGAGAGAUGUUUCCACAGCUCACUUCUAGAUAAACUCUUAUCUGUGUGACUGCCUCUUAGCCUGAAGAAUAUCCUCACAAAAUAAACACAGCUGUUAGUUCCUACUUGUGAUUCUUUCUGACAUAUAAAUGUUGUAAAUAUGGAACCUUUUUAUACAUGUGGUGACAUUAGUUUAUCUGUGCAGUCUUUUUUUCCACUAUAGUUUGGUUUCAAAUGAAUACUUGGCAAAUUAUAUUUCACAAAAAGCCAUGUGCGUUUACUAGAAUUUGUAUAAAUCUGUACAGACUGACAGCCAUACUUGUAUUGCAUCAUCGUGGCGAGAGGGUUCCACUCCAAACCAACCUGUACAGUACACACACACUCCUCUAGGCCUUACUGUAUAUAUGAGAGUGUUCUAUAUUAUAUGAGCCCAUUCUGCAGUGUUUUAAUUCAGCCGAAUAGCAACACUAUGACUGAUGACCAUCCUCUCUCCAAAGAAAAAAAAAUGUAGUGCUGGUGUUCUAUAAUCCGACAUUCAAAUCAGAUUCUGGGCCCAACGAAAAAGGGCAGCCAAGCUUUAUAAACUGUGUUACAUUUAGAUACGUGACACAUUGUCAUUAUGAUACUGAAUGUUUUCAGACUGUUAGCAGCAAGGCACCGAUGCAUAGACUGAAACUUGACCCCAUUGAUAUUCAAUAUAUAAGGCAAAAUAAAGAAGAUCCUGUUACAUUCCUGGUCCAUUUGUCAUAUUGACACUCUCUUGCUUAUGUAAGGGGAGAAUUCACAAAUGAAAACCAAGAAGGAACAACUGCACUGCCAAAGUUCAACCCUGAGUUCGGUCUGACGCCUGGGGUUACUCAAAGAACACCUGGUCACUGCUGGCUGUUCAGGACUCUUUAUAACCAUGGACACAGACCUGAAGGGUGAUUCUAAAAUAUGCCAAACUUUGGUUCCACUAUGGCCUGACUCCCAAAUAUGGGCAGCAGGCUUUCACAUGAGUCCUCCCACUAUUCAAGUCCAAGUGUACAUAAUGUAAUAUUUGCUUGAAGCUAAACAGACCAUGUUAGGCAAGCUGUAACUGUACAAUUGGAGCUUUUUGCAUGCGUCUUUUUUAUAAUGGGCAGAUGAGUUCUACUACAGCAACCAUUGCAACAAUUCAAAAACUGUGCAGCCUGCAUGACGGAGGCUGGAGUCCAGAUGGGACUCUGGUGUACACAUAUUGUUUCAAAUGAAGGAGAGAAAAAAAAAGCUGAAAAAAAAAUAUUGCACAGGUACCAAGUCAAACGACUUUUUUGUAAAUUGCCAACAGCACAAAAAUUUUAUAUUGUUGUUUGUACCUUUUUUUUAAAAGAAAGGAAAAAACAAAGGGAAGGAGUCUGUUAUUUCGAGCGUGUGUUUAUAGUGCCACUGCAAUCUUGGUUUUCAGAAAUACCAUACAGUACAUGCACAGCCUUGCAGAUAAACCUUGUAAUAUAGACGCUGAGCCAGAGAUUCCCUGUCAGCAUCAUGUGUUAUAAAUAAAAAAUUCCCCACUUUGUAAGAA